AUGGUUAGGGGAAAAACAGUUAUCAAGCGGAUCGAGGACAAGACGAGACGGCAGGUGACCUUCUCUAAACGGAGGAGUGGGCUGUUCAAGAAGGCUAGGGAGCUGGCCGUCCUCUGCGAUGUGCAGAUCGGCGUGCUUGUCUUCUCUAGCACAGGUCGCCUCUACGAAUACUCCAACACAAGGGAUAUGUAUAUAUUCUGGAACAAAGAUGGUCAAGGAUAA